AUGAGAAAAGGGGCUUUACUGAAGCUGUGGGCGUUCCUGCUCCUCUGCGGCUUCAUGGUCUACGUUCACAACUACAAAAUGAUUAAAGUGAGGCCUGAAGAAGAGCUGACAAACCAAGGAGAGGUUCUGAGAGAAAUGGAUCUGGAGGUCGAAGAGGAAGAGCCAUAUGAUCUACAAGGAGAGAAAGUGCAGGCCACGGACAUGAGCGCUCUGGACAAGCAGCUCAACUUUACAGCUCGGCUGGACGUGCCCACGCGGACCCCCUGGAAGGCCCCCAUCAUGUGGGAGGGGAUUUUCCGUGGAGAGCUGUACGACCGAGCGCAUCUUGCGGCCAACUCCUCUGUGGCUCUGACCGUCUUCGCCAUCGGCAGUUACCUGGAGGCCUACCUGAAAGGUUUCAUGAUCUCUGCAGAAAAACACUUCAUGACCGGAAUCCCCUUGACUUAUUACAUAUUCACAGACACUCCAGAAGAAGUCCCUGAUUUCAAACUGGGUCCUGAACGCACCAUGAAAGUCAUGUAUGCACCACGCCACUCCCGCUGGCAGGACAUCUCCAUGAUGCGUAUGAAAACCAUCUCCAAAGUUAUAGACCUGCAAAUCAGCUACAAGCAUCCGUACGUCUUCUGUCUGGACGUGGACAGUAUUUUUGAAGCCAGAUUUGGAACCGAGGCGUUGGCAGAGUCCGUGGCAGUCUUACACCCGCAUUUCUUCAACCAGAGCAAAAGCAUAUUUUCUUACGACCGAAAUCCAAGAUCCAAAGCAUACAUGAAGACGGGAGACUACUACUACCACGCGGCACUGUUUGGAGGGAAGUGGCAAAAUGUCAAAGCUUUGGUCGAUUUUUGCUACGAUGGAAUCAUGGAAGACAAGAAGAACAACGUGGAGGCCUUAUGGCACGACGAGAGCCACUUGAACAAAUAUUUCUGGCUGAAUAAACCGUCAAAGGUGCUGUCUCCGGAGUAUUCCUGGGACAUGAUCACCAUCAAAGAGCGAGCGGAUGUCAAACUGCCUCGCAUGAUCUGGGCCAAGAAACGUUACGAUGUUCUACGAACCUAA